AUGGUUAAUGGUUCCAAAUCUUCUGCAUGUGAUGGUGUUUUAUUUUGUGAUGUUCAUGUUGUUCAAUCUGUAGCUUCUGCAUGUGAGGGUGUUUUAUUUUGUGAUGUUCAUGUUGUUCAAUCUGUAGCUUCUGCAUGUGAUGGUGUUUUAUUUUGUGAUGUUCAUCUAAAUGUUAGUAUUGUUUCUGUACGCUUUUGUGCGAUAAAUGUUGGUAUUGUUUCUGUACGCUAUAGUGCGAUAAAUGUUGGUAUUGUUUCUGUACGCUAUUGUGCGAUAAAUGUUGGUAUUGUUUCUGUACGCUAUAGUGCGAUACAUGUUGGUAUUGUUUCUGUAUGCUAUUGUGCGAUAAAUGUUGGUAUUGUUUCUGUACGCUAUAGUGAGAUAAAUGUUGGUAUUGUUUCUGUUCGCUAUAGUGAGAUAAAUGUGUGUAUUGUUUCUGUACGCUAUAGUGCAAUAAAUGUUGGUAUUGUUUCUGUACGCUAUAGUGCGAUAAAUGUUGGUAUUGUUUCUGUACGCUAUAGUGCGAUAAAUGUUGAUAUUGUUUCUGUACGCUUUAGUGCGAUAAAUGUUGGUAUUGUUUCUGUACGCUAUAGUGCGAUAAAUGUUGGUAUCGUUUCUGUACGCUAUAGUGCGAUAAAUGUUGCUUCUGCAUGUGAUGGUGUUUUAUUUUGUGAUGUUCAUGUUGUUCAAUCUGUAGCUUCUGCAUGUGAGGGUGUUUUAUUUUGUGAUGUUCAUGUUGUUCAAUCUGUAGCUUCUGCAUGUGAUGGUGUUUUAUUUUGUGAUGUUCAUCUAAAUGUUAGUAUUGUUUCUGUACGCUUUUGUGCGAUAAAUGUUGGUAUUGUUUCUGUACGCUAUAGUGCGAUAAAUGUUGGUAUUGUUUCUGUACGCUAUUGUGCGAUAAAUGUUGGUAUUGUUUCUGUACGCUAUAGUGCGAUACAUGUUGGUAUUGUUUCUGUAUGCUAUUGUGCGAUAAAUGUUGGUAUUGUUUCUGUACGCUAUAGUGAGAUAAAUGUUUAA